ACAAUUUUAGGAGUCACGGUAAAUAUAAUAUGUAUGUAUGUAUGUGAAUUUGCAAUGACUGUAUGUAUGUAAGUAUAUUUGUACAUAAACUAAAACUGCAGACAUUUAGGUUUAAGUGUGGUAAAAAAUUUGCUGACGCAGAAGCCCUAACUCCAAUUACCGUGAUUAAAGGCAAGCAGGAGCUGAGGUUAAUAAUAUGGCAUCAGUAUUUAAAACAAUUAUGUGGCUAUGCCUACUUGUUGUUGCUGUUAAAACGCGCAUUGCACUUGCUUAUGAUCCAAACGAUACAAAAAUCGCCUCAGUUAUUCCACCUGAAGGUUUUUUCGAGGCAUUUUAUCCGAGAGAAAUGGAUGGUGUGCCCAACAGUGCUUCCCGUCCCGCUCAUGCGCACGGCAGUUUCUUUAAGCAUCGCAAUCCAGCAUUGGUGGACACAAAGAAUGCAGCAGCUUACGGAUAUCGUUUUGAUGGUAAACGGCGUUUCAAUUUAAAAUAAAGAAGAUAUAUAAUAAUUACAUUGUGUGCGCUCCUUAUCGUUUCUAUAAAAAUUCAAUAAAAUUUAAAAUUAAUAAUUAAUAUCCAAUGGA